GCAUUGUCCCAUUGUUCCCUCUCUCUCUCUCUCUCUCUCUCUCUCUCUCUCUCUCAAGUUUCAAGUUGCUUUCUUGUUCUUCAUCAAACAACCGGAGCCAUGACCGUGAGCACCACCGCCAAAGAAAAGCUGGUGGUGGAGGUGGUGGCGGCGCACAACCUCAUGCCGAAAGACGGCGAAGGCUGCUCCUCCCCCUUCGUAGAAAUCGAGUUCGAGAACCAGCGCCUCCGAACCCAAGUCAAAUACAAAGACCUCAACCCUAUCUGGAACGAAAAGCUCGUCUUCCACGUCAAAGACGCCGCCGACCUUCCCUACAGAACCAUCGAAGCGAACGUUUUCAACGAGCGGCGGUCCAGCAGCAGCCGGAAUUUCCUUGGAAAAGUCCGCGUUUCGGGCUCCAACAUUCAGAAAGAAGGCGAAGAGGUCCCCCAGCUUUUCACUCUCGACAAAAGGAGCUUAUUUUCUCACAUCAGAGGAGAAAUCAGCUUGAAGCUCUACCUUUCGACUAGGGAGGAGGUCAAGGAAUCUGGGGGUAAUGGAAAUGGAACAGUCUCCUCCUCCUCUGUUUCUGCGUCUACUGUGUCGGGUUCCGGGUUUUCGAAGAAGAAGAACAAGCUUCAGGGGGGGAACUCGGCUAUGGCGGUGAAUCAGCAGCUGGUGCAGGGAUCGAAGCCGACUCAGCAGAACCAGAACCACAACGGCGGGUUCAAGAAUCAGGAGCAGCAAAAUGCAGGUGAGAUGAUGAUGAUAAAUAAGCCUGUUUUGAUUAAUCCAGGGCCUGGGAUUGGUGUAUCCGCCGCCGGCGACAGAGGGACUGGCGGAGGUGGGGGUGGGAGUGUGUACUCAAAUGGGUUGGGCGAGUUUUCGCUUAAGGAGACUCGGCCGCAGCUCGGUGGUGAGUCUAUGAAGAAGGACAAAACUAGCUCUACUUAUGACCUUGUUGAGCAAAUGCAGUAUCUGUAUGUGAGGGUUGUGAAAGCGAAAGAUGUCUCGUUGUUUGGCGGCGGGGAUUUGGUGGCGGAAGUGAAGUUAGGGAACUACAGAGGGGUUACAAAGAGGGUUGGUUUGAACAAUGUUGAGUGGGGUCAGGUUUUCGCCUUUUCGAAGGAAAGCAUACAGUCAUCAAUGGUGGAGAUUUUUGUGAAAGAGAGCAACAAAGAUGAUUUCUUGGGCCGUGUUUGGUUUGAUUUGAAUGAGGUUCCGAGGAGGGUUCCUCCGGAUAGUCAGUUGGCUCCGCAGUGGUACAGAAUGGAGGAUAAGAAGGGGGACAAGUCGAAAGCAGGGGAGGUUAUGCUUUCAAUUUGGUUUGGGACUCAGGCUGAUGAGGCAUUUGCUGAGUCUUGGCAUUCGAAGGCUGCCAAUGUGAAUUUUGACGGGCUUUGUUCGAUUAAGUCCAAGGUUUAUUUGUCCCCAAGGCUGUGGUAUCUGAGAGUGUCGGUUAUCGAAGCUCAAGACAUUGUCCCUGGCGAGAAGGGGUCUGCAAUGAUGAGGUUUCCCGAGCUUUCCACGAAAGUUCAGGUGGGAAACCAGGUUUUGAGGACUAGAAUUGCACAGCCUAGUAGUGUGAGGAGCCUCUCUAAUCCUUUUUGGAAUGAGGAGAUGAUGUUUGUGGUGGCUGAGCCAAUAGAGGACUACUUAUUGGUUGCUAUUGAGGAUAGGGUUGGGCCGGGGCGUGAUGAGGUGGUGGGAAGAGUGCUACUUCCGGUGCAAGCAAUAGAAAGGCGAACAGAUGAAAAGCCCGUCGUUUCAAGAUGGUUCAACCUUGACAACCACCAUUUCGGCAAUGGAGGAGCAGCAGAGUCCAAAAUGAUGACAAGGUUUGGUUCUAGAAUCCAUCUCCGGGUUUCACUUGAUGGUGGUUAUCAUGUGCUAGAUGAGGCCACAAUGUACAGCAGUGAUCUUAAGCCGACUGACAAGCGGCUGUGGAAGUCUCACAUUGGUGUGCUUGAGAUGGGGAUUUUGGGCGCAACAGGGCUUAUGCCAAUGAAAAUAAAAGAAGGCAAAGGCGGGUGUAGUGAUGCCUAUUGUGUUGCAAAGUAUGGCCAAAAAUGGGUUCGAACUCGCACCGUUGUAGAAAGCUUGUCCCCGAAAUGGAACGAGCAGUACACUUGGGAGGUGUAUGAUCCCUGCACAGUUGUCACAAUUGGGGUGUUUGAUAACUCCCGGAUUGACAAGAACUUGGCUAACAAUCCAGGAGCUCGUGAUUUGCGUAUUGGGAAGGUUAGAAUUCGCUUGUCUACGCUGGAAUCUGAUCGAGUUUAUACUCAUUCGUAUCCCCUCAUGAUGCUGCACACUUCAGGGGUCAAGAAAAUGGGUGAGCUUCAUCUGGCUAUUCGGUUUUCAUGUGCCAAUAUGGCUAACAUGCUGCACAUGUACACAAUGCCGCUGCUUCCAAAGAUGCAUUUUGUGAACCCUUUGAGUGUGAAUCAGUUGGAGACUUUGAGGUACCAAGCGAUGAAUGUGGUGGCCUCUAGGCUUAGCCGGGCAGAGCCGCCAUUGGGCAGAGAGGUGGUUGAAUACAUGCUUGAUCACGAUUCCCAUAUGUGGAGCAUGAGGAGGAGCAAAGCCAACUUCUUUCGACUAAUGAAUGUUGUUUCAGGACUUGUUGCUAUGGGAAGAUGGGUGGAGUUGAUCCGUAGUUGGAACCGCCCUGUUAUCUCAGCUUUAGUUGUUGCACUUUUCCUCUUGCUGGUUGCAUAUCCAGACCUCAUCAUCCCAAUGAUUUUGCUCUACAUGGCCUUAGUGGGACUUUGGCGUUAUAGGUCUAGACCGCGCCAACCACCCCACAUGGACACCCGCCUUUCCCACGCUGAGAGCGUCUAUGCUGAUGAAUUGGAUGAGGAAUUCGAUUCUUUUCCAACAAGCCGGAGCGCUGAGGUUGUUCGAAUGAGGUAUGACCGGCUAAGGAGCGUGGCGGGGAGGAUUCAAACUGUUGUUGGUGACAUGGCUACGCAAGGCGAGCGAUUCCAAGCACUCCUGAGCUGGAGAGACCCGAGAGCCACAUUCUUGUUUGUGAUCUUCUGCUUGAUUGCCACUUUUGUGUUGUAUGCAGUGCCAAUUAAGGCUGUGGUGGUUCUGCUGGGAUUGUAUGUGCUGCGACCGCCAAGGUUCAGGAGCAAGCUGCCUUCUCAGCCUUUGAAUUUCUUCAGGAGGCUGCCCACCAGGGCUGAUAGCUUGCUGUAGGCCGUUGGAUUCGCUCCAUGAUUCAUCAGAUUUAGGACUUUUGGACAGUGUGGUGGAAAGGGAAGGGCCUUUUGUGUUUCGUAGGUAGGAGUUAGGGUGCUGUCUUUCCUUUUUGGUCGUUUAUCGGUUAUGUGUAGCCGCGUAGGGGAUGUGUUACUGCCUCUUCUGUAGCAGAAGGGAAGCAAAUUCGUGUAUCAUGGAAGCUCCUUUCCAUCUGAUCUGAUUUGUAUUUAUUAGCUUUUCUUGAUUGGCCUUAUCUAAUUCCGAGUUCUAGACAUUGGAUUCAA